GGUCCUCAAGGCCCCAAAGGUUCUAAAGGUUCAUUGGGUCCUGGUGGCCAAAAAGGUGAUGGUGGUUUACCUGGACCUCCCGGACCUCCUGGGCCUCCAGGUGAGGUUAUUCAACCAUUGCCAAUCCAGGCCUCCAAAAAGUCCAAGAGAUCCACAGAUGCCAAGCUAUCGGUUGCAGAAGAUUACACUGAUGGAAUGGAAGAGAUCUUCGGCUCGCUGAGUUCUCUGAAACAGGACAUUGAACAUAUGAAAUACCCAGUAGGCACUCAGAACAACCCAGCACGAACCUGCAAGGAUCUUCAGCUCUGUCACCCAGAUUUUCCAGAUGGAGAGUAUUGGAUUGAUCCUAACCAGGGGUGCACCGGAGACUCUUUCAAAGUUUACUGUAACUUCACAGCUGAUGGGGAAACUUGCAUCUAUCCAGAUAAGAAAUCAGAGGGAUUUAGGAUUUCUUCGUGGCCAAAGGAAAAUCCAGGAACUUGGUUUAGUGAAUUUAAGAGAGGCAAACUGCUUUCCUAUGUGGAUGCUGAAGGAAAUUCUAUUAGCAUGGUCCAAAUGACAUUCCUUAAACUGCUAAGCGCCUCGGCUCGGCAAAACUUCACUUACAACUGUCAUCAGUCAAUAGCCUGGCAUGACGUCUCUUCUGACAGCUAUGACAAAGCAUUGAGGUUCUUAGGGUCAAACGAUGAAGAGAUGUCUUAUGACAACAAUCCGUACAUCAAAGUGCUUCAUGAUGGUUGCGCA